UUUUCUAAGGAAACGGCUCAUUGUGAAGAGGCGAAAAUUUCAAAAAAAAAGCGCCGACCCGACUUUCGACCUCAGCAUCCCUUAAAGCUUCGCACGGGCUCUCCCGAGAAAUCCCUGUUACCGCGAGUGAAAUUUCCAAGUUGUAAUUAAUUUUAUCGAUGUAGGCGUCAAUUGGAAUGCUGUCCGGGUUUCUUCAUUUCUCGCAGCCGUUUUCUCGUUGGCUCAUCCUCUCGUCAAAAUCCUCGACUAUGGGUUUCCAGAGCAACGGUGGCUGAAAUGAGUUCUAAAGACAACUGUCGGCGGCGUUUGGACGUGCGCGCGUCGCCAUGGGACCUGCGUAGCUUCAACGGUCGCUGGCACUACUACGCGUGGAUCACCGACCCCCGUCUUGCCCUGAUAGGCAGCUGGACGAUAGACGAUGCAAAAAAGCUCCUGGAGCUGUAUGAGGGGGAGAAAGAGCCUCCCGGUACGACCCCCGAGUUGAUCGGCUACGCGAAGCGCCUCCACGAGGGGUGUGUCCACCCGGAAACGGGGUGUCGCAUCCCCCGCUUGGCCCGCUUCAGUUCCGUGCCGAUCGUCCAGACCGCGCUGACGGCGGCCAUGGUCACCUUUUGCCGAAGCAUACCCCAAGUCUGGUUCUGGCAGCUCGUCCACAACAGCUACCACGCCUACAUCAACCAGGCCAACGGCAACGGGACGGCCCCGCGGACACCGGUGGGACAGGCCGUGGCGCUCGGGUCCGCGACGGUGGUGGCGUCAGUCGUGGCGGUCCCUUUCAAGGCCACGCUCAGUAGGGCCUUGUGCCAUAGCAGAUUCCGCACGUUGAUUCCGUUGACGGUGGUGAUGCUAUCGCAAGCUGUGAGUGUACCUCUAUCUCGCCAAUACGAGCUCCGGCAUGGAGUCGAAGUUCGCAACGAGGAGGGCGAGACAUUCGGAGCUUCGAAAGCGGCGGCGGCCCUAGGGAUCUCGCAGACAGCUGUUUCACGGAUGAUCCUCUUCGCACCUUCCAUGCUCCUCGUCCCUCUCAUGACGAUGACCCUGCAGCGACAACCCUUUCUGAGGAGGAGCAAAUUCAUUAUUCCUGCAAUUCAGGUUGUUGUGAGCAGUGCAUUAUUCACUCUGAUGGUUCCCAUGUCCCUCGCUUUGUUCUCUCCAACUGCGAGCCUCGAUUUGGAGACUCUGAGAAAAUUUGAUCCUGAAAUCUACGAAUCUGUGAUGCGUUUGACCCAGAGGAACAGCUUUCUGUCCAAACCUAUUCCUUGCACCCACGUGUACUUUAGUAAAGGCCUUUGAGUUAAACCUUUAGUGAAAUCACUUUAUAAUACGCGCGUAAUGAGACUAUCCUCACGAGAUGGGAAUCGAGGUCUCACCAGAGACGGAUCUAGCAAUUUGGCAACACUGGAUUUCCUCCAUUUAAACCUACGUAAAAUAAUCGAUUUUUGACGGAGCAC